AUGAGGAUCUCAUGAUCUUUGUGGCCCAGGACGGCAGCCCCGACAAACAGUUCGACAACUUGGUGGACGGGGAUGAGGUUUUCUACAUGGACUUCAACCUGAAGAAGGAGGUGCCGCGCCUCCCCGAGUUCCGGGGCCAUGGGAUGGAGGGAGGAGAGGCGUUUGUCUCCAGUAACAUCGCCAUCCUGAAACAGAGCUUAGGUAUUGCCAAGAAGCGGACACACGGAGUCCCGGAACCCAAAGGUGAGAAAGUGGGAUGGGCCGAAGGGCCUGUUUCCGUGUUGUAUGUCUCUAUCACUCGGUGGUCCCGGUUUCUCCCUUCUACAUUCCUCACCCCCAUACAUUGUGGUUUCCUCUGUCCCAUCACCUUGGUUAACCUGUGCUCACCCUGUCUGCCCACAGAUCCCCCUCGGACUGCCAUGUACCCUGAGGAACCCAUGCAGUGGGGUCGGCCCAACACCUUGAUCUGUCUGGCUGACGGAUUCUAUCCUCCGCGCAUCAGCAUGAAGUGGAAGCGGAACGGUGUGUCUGUGACCGAGGGAAUCGACACCACGGAGUACUAUCUGAAGAGCGAUUACUGCUUCCAGAGGUUCACCUACCUGAGCUUUGUCCCGAGCCCUGGAGACAUGUACUCCUGCCAUGUGGAGCACGAGGCUCUGGAGAACCCCAGCACCGUCUUCUGGGAACCCAAGGUACCUGAGGAAGGCUCCGGCCCUGGAACCGUGAUCUGCGCUCUGGGACUCUCUCUGGGAAUCAUCAGCGCCGUGGUGGGAAUCGUCUUACUGAUCAAAGAGAGGCAACGGCUGCAGGCUCAGCAGCAAGGCAUCUAG